GUCACACAGGUCCCUCUCUGCUCACUCACAGGAGCCUGGAGCCUUCAGCGCUGAGAUGCUGCUGCGGCUGCUGCCGCCCCUGCGGUGGGCAGGUGAGUGGGCUCGGGCGAGGGGCCUUGGGGGCUGCACAGAGCUGACCCUCCUUUCCCGCAGGGUCUCUGGCUCAUUCUCCGGAUACCAGCUGACAGCGCCCAAGUCCGUGCCGGUGCAGGAGGGACACAGCGUCUUCAUACCCUGCAGAGUCUACUGCCCCUGGAGGUUCUGGAGCAACUUUCCCCCGGCCUGGGGCUCCUGGUUCAAGAAGGAGGCUCGUUAUGACCGGGAUCCUCCAGGGGCCACAAAUCACCCAUCCCGUGAAGCGCUGAAAGAGACCGAGGGCCGGUUCCACCUCCUCGGAGACCCCAGGUCCUACAACUGCUCCCUGCGCAUCAAAGACGCAAGGAAAACGGACACAGGAGUCUACUUCUUCAGGGUGGAGAGAGGGGAUGAUGUGAAAUACAAUUACAGAUGGGACCACCUCUGUGUGUUUGUGACGGAGACCCCUGACGUCCACAUCGCGGGGACCCUGGAGUCUGGCCUCCCUGGGAACAUAACCUGUGCAGUGCCGUGGCCUUGUGAGCAGGGGACGCCGCCCGCCUUCUCCUGGACUGGGGCGAACCUCACGUCUACCCUGGGCCCCGAGACUCCCCGCUCUUCCGUGCUCACCAUCACCCCAGAGCCUCGUCACCACGGCAGCAACCUCACCUGCAGAGUGACCUUCCCUGGGGUCAGUGUGGCCGUGGAGAGGACCGUCCAGCUCAGCGUGGCCUGUGAGUGCCGGCCAGGAUUGGAGGUGCGGCGGGGUCAGAUGAGACACAUAGGCCUGCAAGCUGCUUGUGGCCACCACCCAUGGAUCAGCGACUUUCUGUUCCCGAUGCCCCGGAGAACUUGUCCAUCCACGUCUUCAGGGCCAACAGCACAGGUAGGAGGGGCCUCACCUACUGGCGCUGUGGAGGGCACCGUCUCACUCAUCAAGAAGCCGCAGCGCAUCAGUUCCCACAACGGGCCCUUCCCCUCUUUGGGAGCCCUCCCCUCCCCCUGA